AUGUCAACCGCCGCACCAGAGAGAAGGAACCCUCGUGGGGUCAACUUGAACGUGACGCUGUCUUGUCCUGAAUGUAAGGUUUUCCCCCCAGAACUUAUUGAACGACAUGCGGAAGGCGAUAUUGUUUGUGGACUUUGCGGCCUUGUUUUGUGUUCUCGUAUCAUUGAUAACCGUUCGGAAUGGAGAACGUUCAACAACGACGACCAGAAAGGUGACGAUCCGUCCCGUGUGGGAGAGGCGACGAACUCCAUCUUGGACGGGGAUCAGCUCAACACUGUUAUCAGUGCAGGUAUCGACGCCACCCGAACAGCUAGAGAUUUAAAUAGAACCCAGAGUAAAUCCUUUGCCGAUAAAAGAAGUCACACUUUGCAAGCAGCAUUCUCCAAGAUAACUCAGAUGUGUGAUGGGUACCAACUCCCUAAGGUUGUCCAGGAUGGUGCCAAGGAAGUUUAUAAGUUAGUCUAUGAUGACCCUUCUUUAAAGGGUAAAUCCCAAGAAAGUAUAAUGGCUGGUGCCAUCUUUUUAGGUUGUAGAAAGGCAAGUGUCCCCCGUUCAUUCAAAGAAAUCUGGGCUUUGACUAACGUCCCCCGUAAAGAAAUCGGUCGUGUCUUUAAACAAAUAAAUAACAUCAUCCAACGGAAAAAUGAGGAACAAGGCGGUAUCAUCACAUACCAGAAUGAUUCAAUCAACACCAGACACACUAACCCAGAGGAUUUGGUUGGAAGAUUCUGUUCCCAUUUAGGUCUAUCUCCUCAGAUAGCAUCCAGCGCUCAAACCAUAGCCAAGAAUUUGAAAACCGUUGGUGUGUUGGAAGGUAGAUCUCCAACCACUAUUGCAGCAACCGUCAUUUAUUUCACUUCAGUUGCCUUUGACCAAAACCUAACUUUGGCGAAAAUCAGUGAAAAAACAGGUGUUUCCGAAGGUACCAUAAAGUCAUCUUAUAAACUAAUGCAUGCAGAAAGGUCCAAAUUAAUCGACCCCAGUUGGAUUGAAUCUGGUAAGGUUUCCGCUUCUAAAGUUGAAUGA